AAACUUUCACACAUUGCUUCCUGAUCCUUUCAGAAAACGUCUCAAAACCUUCAGUUUUUAAGAAAUACAUUUCGGAUUUGAAUCUUCAGAAAACGUUUAUACGGUCAUGGGUGCAAAGCAAUCUUACAAACUACUCCUUGUCAUUGCGGUGGCGGUGGUGGUGAUGCUUGCCACCGUAUGCCGCGGCUCCAGCGUGGGGCAUACGCCGUCUGCGAACGAGGAAGUUCUUGAUGAGUUUGUGGAGUUUAAGGACCAGUCAAGGCAGACGGAUGACGCGAGGGCGGCGGAGAAGGCGAGAGAGGGUAAAGAAGGGUCGGAGUCGUGGACGGAGUGGGCUAAAGAGAAAAUCACCGGAGGACUUGGGCUGAAGCAGGAUGAUGAGAAUUUUUUGAAGGAUAGUUCUAAGAAGGCUUCUGAUGCUACUUAUGACACUGCUUCUGGGGCUGGUGAGUAUAGCACAGAAAAGGCUAGACACAUUAAAGAUAAAGCCGCCGAGAAGGCCGGCAAGACGAUGGAUGCAGCAAUGGAGAAGGUGUAUGAGGCCUCUAAAUCGGCCAAAGACAUGACUUACGAUGCUGCUAAUGCCGCAAAGGAGAAGGCCUAUGAGGCCAUUAAUGCGGCUUAUGAGACCACAAAGUCAGCAAAAGACGAGGCUUAUGAGGCUACGAAGGAAAAGACUUAUGAUACUGCAGAGGCAGCGAAGGAAAAGGCUUAUGAGGCGGCGAAGGCGGCUAAGGAAAAGACUUACGAUACGGCGGGUGCAGCUAAGGAGAAGGCUUAUGAGGCCACAAAGGCAGCGACGGACAAGACUUCUGAUACGGCAGGUGCAGCGAAGGAGAAGGCAUACGAGGCCACAAAGGCGGCAAAAGGCAAGACAUAUCAGACCAAGAAUGCAGCUGAGGAGGCUACAAAGGCGGCGAAAGAUAGAACAUAUGAGACGAAGAACGCAGCUGAGGAGACGGCCCGAAGAACAGCAGAGAAAGCGAAUGAGGCUACCGGUUACACGGCAGAGAAAGCAAGAGAAGCGAAAGAAAAAGCAGCGCAAACGGCAGAGGAGGUGAAGAACAAGGCUUAUGAGAAAGCAGAGGAGACUAAAGAGGCAAAGGAGAAGGCGAAGCAGACGGCACAGGAGGUGAAGGACAAGGCUGCUCUGAAGGCCGAGGAGGCGAAGCGGGCAAGUGAGGAGACGGGAAGGAAUGCUGCGGAGGAGGGGAAGUGGAAGGAGUCGGAGACGGAGGAACAAACGAGUUGGGCGAAGGAGAAAGCCAAGGAGGGUCUUGAGGCAGCCAAGAAUAAGGCGGAGGAGGCGGUGAAGCCAGCCAAGGACACCGUGGCGUCUAGCCACGAGGCUUCCAAACAGAAGUCCCAGAAGAUUAAGGACGAAGUUGCUGGCCGCGGCCGUGACGAGGAGCUCUGAGUGCUAGCUGCUCCAUUUGUUGUUGUAUCUUCUGAUUUUACGAGUCGGUUUUUCUUGUUGUAUGGAAGUUUUGUUUUGUGUCGUGUUGUGUAAUGCUCUGAUUGUGCUGUUGUAUUUAACGAUGUAACGCAAGUUUGCUUGGAAAUAUGGCUAGAUAAUAUUUCGAACUUGAACAUC